ACAAACGUCACGUGAGGUUGCAUUGUCAUACCCGGUAGAAUGACAGUGUGGUGUAGCUAGCUGCUGCAUAUUUCAGGGUAUGACAAAACCCAGGUAAUAUUUGUAAUCUGAAGAUGGCUUCUUAUUUUGAUGAGCAUGACUGUGAACCAACGAAUCCCGAAGAACAGUACCGUCAGAAUGCACUACUAGAACUGGCCAGGUCUUUGAUGCAGGGCCUGGACAUUGACUCAGGAGCGUUUGACCUAUCGGACUGGGACCAGCGUCUUCCUCCCCCAGCUGCUAAAACAGCUGUCCAAACCUUACCUGUGGUUGUCAUAUCCCCAGAGCAAGCAGACAAAGGGCUGAAGUGUCCUGUGUGUCUGCUAGAGUUUGAGGAGCAGGAGACAGUGCGGGAGAUGCCCUGCAAACACCUCUUUCACUCUGGUUGUAUCCUGCCCUGGUUAGGGAAGACAAAUUCUUGCCCGCUAUGCCGCCUCGAGCUACCAACCGACAAUCCAGAGUAUGAAGAGUUCAAGAAGGACAAGGACAGGAGAAAACAGAGGGAACACAGACUGGAAGAUCUGCAUGGAGCCAUGUACACAUAACGGCUCAGAGCACACUGCAUAUUUCACAUUUCUAGCAUUGGGUCGCAAUAGAAUUAAGAAUUAACAAAAGCUGCAAAUAAUAUUGUGUAGCUAUUAUGUUUUAUCGUAUGUACUGUAAAUAUGUCCGUUUUAAAUACAGUCAAUUGUACAAAGACCUGUUGUGAUACAGAUUCAAAAUAUGGAUGAUCAUUAUACAAUGAAAUUAAUACUGAGACAGUUGAGUCCGUUUGAACUCUCUCUACAUUCCCUGCCUUAACACAUCAUAGCAUUUCUUCCUUUUCUUUUUCCCCAAGAUGCAAUACAUUGACCAAAACAGAUGAUUAAAUGGCUUUUCAUGGUGUAUGUUUUGCUGGCCUCACAAUAUUUAUCAGACUUGAAAUACAAUCUGUUUAUAGUGUUGAUUGCUUUGGCACCAGCAUUAAAGGCCCAGUGCAGUCAAAA